AUGACGAACAAGAAGCCUACUUGGUCCUCCUCGGCGUCCGCCUGCUCCGGGGGCUCCCGCAUUGGGUUAUCCUGCGCGGUGACGAACCAGAAGAGGAAGAAGAGGGCCAGGAGCGACGCCGUCGUUCUCCCGUCGAGGGGGUCGUCCGUCUACAGAGGCGUGAGCAGGCACUGCGCCUCGGGGAAGUACGAGGUGCACCUGUGGGACAGGCAUUACCGGAGCACGGUUCAGAACAGGAGAGGCAGGCAAGGAGCUUAUGACACCGAAGAGGCUGCAGCUCGCACCUAUGACCUCGCGGCGCUCAAGUACUGGGGUGCACAGUGCGGCGGCCUCCUCCUUAACUUCCCAGUAAGUUGUGUCUUGUCAUAUGUCAGUAGUCAAUACGAGUACCUGUACUACUCAGCUGGCAGCUAG